AUGGACAGCGGAAGCGAGGCCGAUGCUGCACCAGCAGCAGCAUCAGCAGCAGAGGCAGAGGCAGCCACCGAAGCGGCGUUGAUGGCCGAAGCGGUGGCUGUAGCUUACCUGAGCGACGAGGAAGAGGAAGAGCCCGAGACUGGGGGAGAGCCUGAUCCGGACGUUGAGGAAGAUGCAGUGGAAUUCGCUGUCGAAGACGCUGGCGAGGAUCAGGAUGAAGGGGCUCCAGAGGACGAGGAGGAAGCCGCCGGCGAAGCUGGCGAGGAAGACGCUGUAAGUGUGAGUGAGUCGAACGGCAAUGGCGAGGAAGCUGCCGCCGCCGACAAGCGACAUGCCACCAAAAAAGAGCUCACCCAGAUCAUUGACAAGUGGGAGCAGCAACAGACCCAGAACGGCUACGACCCGGUCCCCACUUUGCGAAGUCUGGCGGAAAUAUUUGAGCGUGAGAAGGACGUGUAUCGUCGGAAGGACCCGGAUCCCUUGGACUCACGCCAUCCCUACAGAGCAGAUCCCAGCUGCCAGUACGGCUUGAUGCUGAAACUACUGUUCCGCAGAGAUUUGUUCAUGAGCAAGCUCCUGAACGACUAUCUGCGCGAAAACUACUUCAGCCGCCAGAAUGUGAGUCGCAGCUCACUGGAAUUGAACAUCCUCGCCUGCCGCCUCAUUCUUGAAGUAAUGCCGGGCUUGGAGACCACGGCUGUGUUCCAGACUGCCGACGACGACGGCACUAUCAACCGCAUCUACACCUGGGCGGAGGACAGCAUUGAACCUUUGCAGAGCUAUGCCACGGGACUGUUGGCGGAGGCUAUGGAAGUCACCGAUAUCGCGAUCAACUAUCGGGAUCAGAAUAUGCGGCUGGUGCCCAAAAUGAUUAAGCGCCUACACAUGCUGCUGGCCAUUAGCAAGAGUGCUGCGGCGGAUGCUCCAAACACCUCGGCGCAUAACCAGUCGGCAGACAGCACUGCCUCGGGAAUGCUCAGUUGGAUGGCCUGUGCCAGCAACGCCUCCGCUCCUCAGUCCCCGCAGCACAAUGGCAGUGGGGUGGGGACGAGCUCCUCCCUGCACGGCGACGCCUCCAACAUGUCCAUUCUGUUUGAGAACAGUCGGGACGCCUUUUCGGUGUCGCGUUACUACAAACGAAUGUACAUUCCUCUGCAUCCGCCCACGGCUGACACCAGCCAGAUGCUGAUAAUGCGCUUUUUGACCAGCCUGGGCGAGUACCAGGAGUUCCUAGCCAUGGCCUUCGAAAACAAUGUAAUGCAGUUGAUCUUUGGCUAUCUGGAGAACCUCGAUCGGAGGGACACUUGCCUGGCGUAUGAGGUGCUGAAGUAUCUAGCAUCCCUGCUCUGUCACAAGAAAUUCGCUUUGGAAUUUAUAUCCACCGGAGGCUUGGAGAUCUUAUUGAAAGUCCCGCGACCUAGCUUGGCCACCACGGGCGUCUCCAUUGCUAUAUACUACCUAGCAUAUUGCGAGGAUGCCAUGGAGCGCAUCUGCAGCAUGCAGCGGCCGCUCAUCUCGGAGCUCGUGCGCUAUGCGCUUUGGAUUUUGGGCCGGUGUCACGACUCCUCCAAGUGCCAUGCGACUAUGUUCUUCAGUCUGAGCUUCCAGUUCAAGGUUAUCUUGGACGAGUUUGAUGCGCAGGAUGGCCUGCGGAAGCUCUACAAUGUGAUCUCCGUUCUGAAGAUCCUUGAUCCGAGCCACAACGACAGCGAUAACGACUCGGAGAUCAACGAGGACGUGGAGUGUGCUUCCCGCCAGAUGGUGCGUCAUGUGUGCGUCGCCCUGAAGCGCUAUAUAGAAGCUCACUUCUUCUACAAGUACAACAACUUCCUAUGCCAGCACUACGCAGCAUCCUCGUCGCCUUCGUCGACCCACUUCUUUAGCCAGAAUCCCACAGUGGCCGCCAAGCUCACGUUCGACCAGCUGCACGACCAAAUACGUACUCUGCAGGAGCACACUUCCAUCCGGGCCCACUGGCAACCGGUUGACCAGCUCAUGAAGCUUGGAGGAAUCAGCAUGCUGCUCCGCAUAAUCGCCUUUAGCUACGAUUGGGUCAACAGCGGACGCUCAGAGACCAUCCGCUCCGCCCUGGACGUGCUUAGCGUCUGCUGUGUGAUACCUCGCGUUUACGGCGUUCUCUGUGACCGCCUACAGAUGCUGGACAAGACCACAACCUCAGGAUUCUGUUCCGUUUUGGGAGCAGCAGCCGGGGAAAUCACCUCAGAUGCGGAAGUCAUUAAAUCCGCACUGGCAGUACUCUGCCAUUGUGUCUGCUCGCCGAUCAUUCGCAAAGACAGUGGAAGUAGUCUGAUCAAGUUCGGAAACUCUUCGAGGAAAAACAAGGCCAACACCAAAUUCGCUGAGGAGCUGAUCGAGCGCGUGUGGGAGUCGGUGUGUUCCAACAACGGCAUUGUGGUGCUGCUGUCGCUUAUGCAAACCAAAGGACCGAUCACAGAUGCGGACUGCAUUCGGGGAAUGGCAUGCCGGGCACUGGCUGGACUAGCGCGCUCGGAUCGGGUCAGACAGAUUGUUAGCAAGCUUCCCCUCUUCGCGGGCGGGCAACUGCAGGCCUUGAUGCGCGAUCCCAUACUGCAGGAGAAGCGUGCGGAGCACGUGAUCUUCCAAAAGUACGCCCUAGAGCUGCUGGAGCGCAUUUCCGGCAAGACGAAGCCCCUCAACAAUCCAUUGGAUCCCUCCCUCUCGAAUAUGCACAAGGCAAACGUGAUUGCCCAGACCCGCAUCCAUUACAACAAGCAGCAGCUGUACCAGCUCAUCUUCGAGCACUUGGAAAGCAAUGGUCUGUCGCAAACGGCUCAGAUGCUCCAGCGGGAGGUGGGUCUCCCGCUGCAGACGCCAACCACGCGCAGCUUCCACCAGUCGCCAUUCGAUUACAAGACCAUGCCCAGUGGCAGCGGCUUGUCGUUGUCCAGAAACCGCCUGCGCAGCCGAAUGCAGGAUGUGAACGCGGCGAUAAUGAGCAAUGGAGAGUUUAAUCGGAGCUUCGGCGAGGAUUCCUCGCCAGCCCCCGGCGGAGGGGCAGGAACGAGCCACCAGGGAGAGCUGGCCAGCAUACCCAACUUCUUGUCUCUUAACUCCAGCCAAACACCAAUCAAGAUCCGGCGAACGGACCGUUCAGUGAACUCGGUGAGUCGCUCGAUUCAGAAGCAAAUGCUGGAGCCAGGAACGAACCUACCAGUAGGUCUGCCGGAGGAAGGUCAGUGGGCACCUAAGCGGAUCACCUUAAACACCAUUGUAACAGAGUACCUUACCAACCAGCACUCGCUGUGCAAUAAUCCGGUGACGACGUGUCCGCAAUUCGAUCUGUUCGAACCCCACAAGUGUCCCGAUCCCAAGCCAAGUCGCUUGCUUAGCUCGAACUACAACCUGACCAGUCGGCAUGCUCGAACUCAAGCUGGUUUCAACACCAGUCGCUUUGACCGGCGCUACGUGCACACCCAUUUCUCGCCCUGGCGCACCAUUCGAUCGGCGGACUACGAGGACCUGGAGUUCACCUGCUGUGACCUAGUGGGCAAGUUCAUUAUCGUGGGAACCCAGCAAGGAGAUGGCCGGGUCUUCAAUAUGAACGAUGGGGUGGAGCAGUUUUUUUCCAACUGCCACAACUUCAGUGUAGAUGCCAUUAAGGCGAAUCGAGCCGGCGAUCUUGUCAUAACCUCCAGCUUCUGGCGGACGCCAACCAGCAUCCUGUGGUCCAUCGCGGACAAUGAGUUCAAGCUGAAGCUUCGUCUGCCCGAUGUUACCUAUUGCGAAUUUAGCCAGACGGCGCAGGAUCGUCUUCUGGGCACUCAGAACGAGUGCGCUACACUGUUCGACAUAAACACAGGCUCCAAGGUGUCUACAUUCACUCCCACGAUCCCGAACUUGUACACCAAAAACAGAGCGACUCUGUGCCGAACCGACGAACUAAUUUUGUCAGAUGGUGUGCUGUGGGACGUGCGUUCUGGAAAGGAGAUCCACAAGUUCGACAAGUUCAAUCAGUGUAUUUCGGGAGUCUUCCAUCCAAACUGCCUGGAGAUCAUUGCAAACACGGAGGUGUGGGAUCUGCGCACCUUCCAUCUGCUUCAGACUGUGCCUGUGCUGGAUCAGCGCAACUGCACCUUCUCGCCAAUGCAUGUGAUCUACGGAGCUAGCUUGGGAGCGGAUAGAGAUCAUGAUAUGGAGCAGACCACGUACGACACCAGCUUCAAUGUGCUGGAUGCGUACGACUACUCUAGCAUUGCUACCAUCGACGUGAAGCGCCACAUCAACGAUUUGAGCGUGAGCGCCAACGGAAGCCUGAUCGCCGUGGUGGAAGACUACAGCGGCUACGAGUCCAAGCAGGAGACUUACGUGAAGAUCUAUGCGGUGGGCGUGAAGAAGAGCGAGCGUUCGGAAGAGGAAGAUGAGGAGGAGGUGCCCGAAUCUGAUGAGGAGGGCUCGGACACGGACUCGGAGAACCCCGGAGCUUUCCCACGUAGCUUACGGUACCGCCACGCCCCGGACCUUCUCGAAGGUGAUUGGGUUCUGGACGGACCAGAUACCGACAGCGAUCUAAUCAGCUCCGACGACGAGGAUAUGGACGACGACGACGAUGGUGAUGGUGACGGAGACGGAGAUGGCGACGGCGACGAUAGCGACGAUACCCUAGACUUCUUCGAGAAUGCCAGCAGCGGUGACGGUAACUCUAGAACUCUUUCCUCUGUUCGUGUACGACUUGUAUUUUCUCCACCCUUAGAUUGAUUGAGUCCACUGCUCUUCAAUACCACUACCACUUCUGCCUCUCCACCACCGCUCCAACGAUCCACUGCUCCACUGUUAUCCCACUGUACCGUCUUCUCUAGUGUCGUCUCGUGUGAUCUUUGUUAUCCGCAGGAGAGAGACGCCGCCAAUCUUUGAUAGUUUUUAUAGGUGUAGUCCGUAAGAUGUUACAGUUAAAUUAUGUUGAUUUUUUGUACAAAAUAUGAAGAUAGCCCAGCCAGAGGAAAACACGUGCGUUGAAGCCACGCUAAGAUUUUGAACUGGGAAUGCAUGAUGAUAACAUGGAAAUACCGACUGUGAGAAUCAAAUCUGAAAAUUGUUCAACAAUUUUUUCUGUACAAACAUAUUAUAAUGGUAACUUUUGCUGCAACAAUUAAAAGAAGCCCAAUUGUAAAAUCGUUAUUAAAAUCCAAUAAAAAGAUACUUAGAUUUCAAUUUAUA